CAGCACACCAGCUCUUCUCACCAGUUUGCUUGUGGUCCAACAGCUCCAUCUCUGCUAAAAUGAAGACUCUGAUCGCUUCUCUGACUCUCCUGGUGUUGGUCAUCUCAGUUAAUGCUCAGUAUGGCGUCACCACCAUCCAAUGCUGUGACAAACACUACCCCAAACAACUACCCAUCAAGAAGGUGGUGUCUUACAUCACAGCCAGCAGCAGAUGUCACCUGAAAGCUCAUGUAUUUACAACCAAGGCAAAUAAAACAUUCUGUGUCAAUCCAGACCACGACUGGGUGAAGAUUAUUGUGGCCAAGUUGAAUGUGAAACCUACCACUGCUCAACCCGUGAUGUGAAGGACAUCUCUUCCAUGGUUUCUUAUUCAUGGGGGGAAAUUGUGAACUGUGGUAAAAUUAUGUUCCCUGACUGUGCUGUUGCACCCACAAAAUUGUCGUAUUUAUUUGUAACAUAUGCAACACAUGUGGUUGCUGCUUGAU